AUGCGCACGGUAAGAAAAGCGCGGCGGCGAAUUACCAGUCAAACCAGUCAUCAACUGGUUUUGCCGGUCACCCCCUCUAUAUUCUCCAACAUUGUGCGCGCGAGUUAACAGCGAACCAGAAUUGAUGACCAUUUAGCCAUCCGAGCUGGUCUCCACGGCUCCGCUUCCUCUCUUCUACCGGCGCCUCCCUUUCCCCCGUUCAUCUUGAUCCUAGGUCCGGGGGAUUGAAUUGGGGAAAGCAACUCAAAUGGGAACUUCUUCUGGUGCGAAUUUUGAUCAGCAAGAUUUGCCUAAAAUGCUGCCUCCUCGUCAGCAUCCUAGGUCCUUAGGGCUGCAGACAUCACUGUCGUUAGCUUCAUCUGAUGCCUUUGGAUCCCAUGACAUCCGAGAGCUUCAGUCGAAUUCUAACCAAGCUCAUGACUCCCCUUCUGAUAGCACAAGCUCUAGGGAAACCUGGCCGGUUGAGACAGGUGGUGUUGAUCUAAAGUCUGCUUUUAAGGAGAAGGAAGGAGAGAGUGACUUCCCUGAGCCUCAGGUGAUUCAUCGGGUAUCCAUUGCUGAUAAACUCUCUCUUCGUGAAGUUGCCAGGGAGAGGGUUGAGGUUAUUGCUGAUAGAAUGGCUGUCAUGCCUGGUGAGCUUUUGGAAGAGCUUAAGGCUGAGUUGAGAGCCAUACUUGAAGGAACAGGUGGAUCUCAUAUCAGGGAGGAGUUCUCCAGACUUCAGCAGCUUCUGCAGAGUAGAGGAGACCUCACUGCUAAAACUCUUCUCGGAGCUCAUAGAGUGCAGCUGGAAAUUCUGGUGGCUAUCAACACAGGAAUUCUUGCUUUUCUGCACCCAAAUGUGAGCCUUCCCCUGAGUAGACUCGCUGAGAUUUUCUCAUACAAAAGAUGUAGGAACAUUGCUUGCCAGAGUCCUAUUCCCGCCGAUGAUUGCUCCUGUGACGUUUGCUCUCACAGAAAUGGCUUUUGCAAUCUCUGCAUGUGUGUGGUCUGUAAUAAGUUUGAUUUUGAGGUCAACACGUAUCGCUGGAUCGGUUGCGAUUUCUGCACACAUUGGACUCACUCGGACUGCGCUAUGAGGAUUGGUCAGAUUGGAAUGGGAGCUUCUGCUAAGAUUGGAAUGGAGAAUGGUGAGAUGCUUUUCAGCUGCUUAGCAUGUAACAGGACAUCCGAGUUGUUGGGCUGGGUGAAAGACGUGUUUCAACACUGUGCUCCGGGAUGGGAUCGAGAGGCGUUGUUACGAGAACUUGAAUUUGUCCGCGGGAUUUUUCAACUCAGUGAGGAUUCAAGGGGAAGGAAAUUGUAUAGGAUGUGUGGUGAAAUCAUUGAAAAGAUCAAGGGUGGUGCUUCGAAGUCUACGGCAUGCAGGAUGUUACUCCUGGUAUUUCAAGAGCUUGAGAUAGAAUCCCCGAAGAACUAUGAAGACGACUCUAGUCGCUCCAUCUCUCCAAAAGAAGCCUGCAACCGGAUAGCAGAUGUCGUCCAAGAAGCCGUGAAGAAGAUGGAGAUGGUCGCCGAGGAGAAGCUUCGUAUGCUCAAAAGAGCUCGACUUGCCGUCGAGGCUUGUGACCGCGAGCUCGACGAUAAAGCCAGGGAAGUCGCAGAGCUCAAAAUGGAGAAACAGCGAAAGAAACAGCAGGUCGAUGAGCUCGAAAGCAUAGUGAGGCUCAAGCAGGCCGAGGCCGAUAUGUUCCAGCUCAGAGCCACCAAGGCUAGGCAGGAAGCCGAGAGACUUCAGAGCAUCGCUCUUGCUAAGUCUGAGAAGGCUGAACAGGACUAUGCGAGCAUGUACCUGAAGCGACGACUGGACGAAGCCGAGGCCGAGAAGCAGUAUCUGUUCGAGAAGAUAAAGCUUCAGGAGAGCCAGCAAUCUCCACCUGGCGGCGGCAGUGGCUGCGGUGGCGGGGGCGACUCCGUCCAGAUGCUGAGCAAAAUCCAGGACUUGCUGAAGAAUGUAUACAGUGUUUCGCCGAAGGACGAAGCUUAAAAACCAUCGCAGGCAUAGCUCUGCGCCGAAGUAAGCCUUGCUGUAGAGGUAUGAAAUGUUAAGAAGUUCUAUAUUUUUGUGGUAGUUUCAUUGGUGGCUUUUGGAACCACGUUUAUUGUCUUUAAUGAAGUUUAUACUUAUAGGAGAAUGUUAUUCUGUUUGGUUAUAUGGCUGUUUAUGUUUCUA